CACCUUGCACAACAUCAGAGAAUCCACACUGGAGAGAAACCUUUCAGAUGUGAUGACUGUGGCAAAGUCUUCAGUCAGAAGUCCUACCUGGCAAACCACCAGAGAAUUCACUCUGGGGAGAGACCUUACAAGUGUGAUACAUGUGGCAAGGUCUUCAAUCAGAUUUCACACCUGGCAAGUCAUCGUAGAAUCCACACCGGAGAGAAACCUUACAAAUGUGAUGAAUGUGGAAAGGUCUUCCACCAAAUUUCACACCUUGCACAACAUCGAACCAUUCACACAGGAGAGAAACCUUUCAAAUGUAAUGAGUGUGGCAAGGUCUUCAGUCGCAAYUCKUACCUCRUUCAACAUCUGAUAAUCCACACUGGGGAGAAACCGUACAAAUGCAAUGAGUGUGGCAAGGUCUUCAGUYACAUUUCACACCUUGCACAACAUCGGAGAAUUCAUACAGGAGAGAAACCUUACAAAUGCAAUGAGUGUGGCAGUGUUUUCAGUCACAAAUCUUCCCUAGCAAAUCAUCAAAGAAUCCACACAGGAGAGAAACCUUUCAAAUGCAAUGAGUGUGGCAAGGUCUUCAGCCGCAACUCAUACCUAGCAGAACAUCUGAUAAUGCAUACUGGGGAGAAGCCUCACAAAUGCAAUGAAUGUGGCAAAGUGUUUGGUCGCAGUUCACAUCUUGCAUGUCAUCGCAGAAUCCAUACGGGAGAGAAACCUUAUAAGUGUAAUGACUGUGGCAAAGUAUUCAGUCAAAAUUCAUACCUAGCAUGUCAUCGNGCAUGUCAUCGCAGAAUCCAUACGGGAGAGAAACCUUAUAAGUGUAAUGACUGUGGCAAAGUAUUCAGUCAAAAUUCAUACCUAGCAUGUCAUCGCAGAAUCCACACUGGGGAGAAACCUUACAAAUGUAAUGACUGUGGCAAGGUCUUCAGUCUGAAUUCAUCCCUAGCCCAUCACCGCAGGAUCCAUAGUGUAGAGAAGCCAUAGUCGUGUAAUCAAAGUGCAGGGGUGGUGCGUCUCACCUACUUUCCGAGAAAGGCAGAAGGGUGGCAAGUGCAAAUCCAGUCUGGACAUAAUGGUGAGACUCUCUAAAUAUGAAAUAAAGGGCUGUGAUGUAGCCAAGUGGUAGAAUGACCACCUAACACAUUUUGAGUCCCUGGGUUCAAUCCCUAAACCCCAGAAGAGGAAAAUAGUAAUGCAACAAAUGUGUUGCGGUCUUCAGUAACAUUGACAUCUCACAUAUCAAGCAUUUAUGGUGGAGAGAAACCCAAUGAAUGUGAUGAGGGUUGCAAACCCUAUAAGGUUCAUCUGGCCUCGCCAAUAAAGUGAUCCACACCAAGAGGGCUAGGCAAAGUGUUCACUGACAUUUCCUAUUGUGCACAUUGUCAAUUUCUCAUCCUAGAAUAAAACCACAAAUGAAUUAGACGAAAGUCUCAGUCAGCAUUCAAACCGUGCAAGACCACAGAGAAUUCCUAGUGGAGAAAUUAUCUCCCGUGUGUAAUGACUAUACAGAGUGACGCAGGCCUCAUUUAAGGCUUAGUAACUUAGUCUGUGAUAGAGAGGAACGUCACACAUUCAUUGGAUGUAAACAGGCCCUAUGGUAAAAGCCUCUUAUCAGGAUUCUUGCUGGAACAGAAACUCACAAAUGUACCAUGGUUGCAAAUCUUUACUAUGCACUCAGCCCUCUGUACAUGUCAGGUAAGGCACAAAAGCAUGACUUUGGCCAAGCCUGUCUUCAGUGCUCAUGUGUCAGUGGACAUCAGUUGAUCCACGCUGGAGAGGAACCAUGGAAAUGUCUGCAGGUGCCAAGCUCUUCCGGCACAGUUCACAGCUUGCACAACAUGUGAGAAGACGUCCUAGAGGUAGAGCUUGAAUGCAGCAAGUGUGGCACCCCCGCAUUAUGAGUUCAAGCAGUGGUCAGAGUCCAUACUAAAGAGCAACAUCCAUCACCAUCACAACACAAGACAGACUUCCAUGCCUCAAAACCAGGGGGCAUCAAAGGGACACCUUUGUGGAAGCUGUGCAAAAGUUAUUUUCAUGAUGGGGCUUAAAUACAAGCCUCAAAACGUGGAACAGAGUACAUGCCCCAGAGAACAACCAACCAUCCAAGUGUAAGGAAAGUGCUAUUUCAUUGUCAAACUUUUGUGAUUUUGUUGUCCUGAGAGGAUUUAUUCUGGGGAGAAAUGAG